GCAAAUUAAAUCACUGUUGUGAAUUCUGAGUCUUUGUUAGAUUAUCCCAAUCGGGUUUCGAUGAUCCUUCGUCAAUCAUCGGACUCUUUUGGGCUUAUUAACAAAAAUUCUAAAUAAAUAAACCCAACACGUUAUGUUUCUCUGUACAAAUUUGACUUUGAAAUUGCGUUCAAUUCAAGCAGUUCUCAAUUCUUAGCAUAUUUUUCUUUUAUACACAAAAGAGACGGAGAAAGACAGAGAGAGAAAUGGUGUUGUUAGCAGCAAGAAAAUAGCUUUUUCUUUUUGAGACUGCAAAUUUUGUAGCUUUUGAGCAAAUUGGGGUCUAAUCUGAUCUGGGUUUUUCCUGCCUCAACUGUUUUUUUCUGUUAGAGUUAAGAAAUUUGAUGAUCAUGAGCAAAUAAACAUACACGAUAUGGGUUGGCUUAGCAAGAUUUUUAAAGGGUCCCGCCAUAAUAUUUCAAGAGGGCAUUAUCAUGGGAAUCGUGGACAGGAUGCUAAUUAUAAUGCGCCUUCUACUUCAAGGGAAGCAUGGUUGGAGCAGGAAAAUGAAGAUAUAGAUCGUGCUAUUGCAUUAUCCCUUUUAGAGGACAGUCAAAAUGGAAACAUUGUCAUUGAUAAUGAGAUUCAAGUAAAAGAAGAUGAACAACUUGCCAAAGCCUUACAAGAAAGUUUGAAUGUUGAAUCUCCUACUCGAUAUGGAAAUGGAAUUCCAUAUCAAGGGAACACAUAUCAGCCUUAUCCUGUUCACUUUCCAAUGGGGUUCAGGAUAUGCGCUGGUUGCAAUACAGAGAUUGGCCAGGGAAGAUUUCUAAAUUGCCUCAAUGCAUUUUGGCAUCCAGAAUGUUUCCGUUGCCAUGCUUGCAGCCUACCAAUUUCUGACAAUGAGUUCUCAAUGACUGGAAAUCACCCUUAUCAUAAGUCUUGCUACAAAGAGCGUUACCACCCACGAUGUGAAGUCUGUAAACUCUUUAUUCCAACAAACCCAGCUGGUCUUAUUGAAUAUAGGGCAAGUCCUUUUUGGACCCAGAAGUACUGUCCUUCUCACGAACAUGAUGGUACUCCUCGGUGCUGCAGCUGUGAGCGAAUGGAGCCAAGAGACACUGGAUAUAUUUCCCUUAAUGAUGGUCGGAAGCUCUGUCUUGAGUGCCUGGACUCAGCAAUCAUGGAUACCAAGGAGUGCCAACCUCUUUAUCUUGAUAUACAAGAAUUUUAUGAACGUUUAAAUAUGAAAGUGGAGCAGCAUGUUCCACUACUCUUGGUUGAAAGACAAGCACUAAAUGAAGCCCGGGGUGGAGAAAAAAAUGGCCAUUACCACAUACCAGAGACUAGAGGACUUUGCCUUUCUGAGGAACAAACCAUUAGCACUGUAUCAAGGCGACCAAGGUUUGGAGCAGGGAACCGAGCCAUGGGUAUGAUAACAGAGCCUUACAAACUAACACGUCGUUGUGAGGUUACUGCAAUUCUGAUUUUGUAUGGCCUCCCAAGGUUGCUUACGGGGUCAAUCCUAGCUCAUGAGAUGAUGCAUGCAUGGAUGCGGCUGAAAGGUAUCCAAACUCUCAGUCAAGAUGUUGAAGAGGGCAUUUGUCAGGUGCUUGCACACAUGUGGUUAGAUUCGGAGCUCAGAUCCACUUCAGGCAGCAAUGUUGCAUCAUCCUCUGCUUCCAGAACAACAAAAAAGGGUACAAGAUCUCCAUUUGAGAGAAAGCUUGGGGAGUAUUUCAAGCAUCAAAUUGAAUCAGAUACUUCCCCGGUGUAUGGAAAUGGAUAUAGGGCUGGUCAGCAAGCAGUGAGGAAAUAUGGCCUCGAAAGGACACUUGAUCAUAUACGAAUGACAGGGAAGUUUCCAUAUUGAAGUUCUAAGCUUGAAGUUGCCCUUGCACUAUCUGACGUCUCAUAUUGAAUCACGCACUUAGGUGCAUGGAAAUGGAUAAAGAGCCAAUGAGCAAGUUUGGAACAAAUAUAGCCUUUGACGGACAGCUGACCAUAGUUAAAUGACACAGAGCAUUCCAUGUUGAGUUUUUGAACAGUGACUUCUCACUAUACGCUUCUAUCCGUAGUUAAAGCUUGGCCUUUUCCUAUAUGAGCCCAGGGCCGAAGCACAUAGGAAUUGAUUCUCUAUAGAGUAGCUUCAAGAGAGUGAUUUUUAAGCCUCUUAAGCUAUAGUGACACAUUGAAUAGGUUCUUUUUUGUUUGAUAUAAUAGUAAUCUUAUGAUAGAAUUUCAUUCUCUCA